AGACAAACCAACUACUGUCAGAACCGAACCGGAGCCAAGAAACGGAAAGAGAAAGUUGUGAACAGAACCCAAACAAAUGUUCUGAAGUCCUCCACCAACCGGACAUUUACAAAAAAACUCCAGGAUGACUGCUCCCCGCAGGAGCAGUGGAUCGGAACCAGUCAGUCAGAAGCAGCGGGGCUGGCGCUAAAGUUCGGCUGGUUCGGAGCAGAACUACUCACCCAGACUGUUGGUGGAGGAGUCCAUGAUCCGGUUGAGAGGCGCGGUGCGGCCAAAGGGGGAAGGAAAAAGGUGCCGGACAGAGGACGUUGGUUCCCCGGUAAGCUGCCGCCGUGUGGUUGUUUUGAAGGAGACUCGUUUUCAGCCGUCGCUGUCUGUCUGUCUGUGUGGAUCUACCAUCUGGACGGUGGGUUUCAUGGCUCCACCAUGAAGGUUUCCCGCUGCCUACAGCGGCUGCAGGAUCUGCGGCUGCUCCGAUGCUCGUGGCAGACGGCGCGGGUCCUCCAGCCAGAACCCCACGGUCCGCGCGCCGCGCGGAGCAACCCACAGCAGCACCGGGUCCUGAGGGGAUUCCACUGCAGUCCCGUCUUCGCCAAGGACCCCCGCCUUCCCGGACGCUUGGUCGGCGAGGACGACAACAAGAGGCAGACGUCUCUGGUCGCGCACGAUGACCUGUUCGAGCAGAUCGCCAUGGGCGCCAAAAGCAAGGCCACGUUCGCCAAGGUGAUCGACGUCUUCAACAAGAGGGAUAUAAGGCGGCGGGGUCACGUGGAGUUCAUCUACGCCGCUCUGAGGAAGAUGCCGGAGUUCGGGGUGGAGCGAGACCUCGGCGUGUACAACAGGCUGCUGGACGUUUUCCCCAAGGAGGUGUUUGUGCCCACCAACUUCAUCCAGCGGAUGUUCAACCACUACCCCCGACAGCAGGAGUGUGGAGUCCAGCUGCUGGAGCAGAUGGAGAACUACGGUAUUACGCCCAACGUUGAGACCAAAGUCCUUCUUGUCCAGAUCUUUGGAGAGAAAAGCCACCCGAUGAGGAAAUACCAGCGACUGAUGUACUGGUUCCCCAAGUUCAAGCAUUUAAACCCGUUCCCCAUCCCCCAACAGCUGCCUGAGGACCCAGUGGAUCUAGCACGCUUCAGCCUGACCCGGAUUGCCAACGACCUGGACGCCAAGGUCACCGUGCAUCAGCUGCCGUGUUCAGACGUCACAGAGAGCGGAGAGGAAAUCCACCGUCCCUACAUUCUAGGCAUCCAGAGCCCCGGUCAGAGGGAGCUGCUGGCCAAGCACGACCCCCGCAGGCCCGUGUUCGUGGAGGGGCCCUUCCCCUUGUGGCUGAGGAGCACUUGUGUUUAUUACUAUGUCCUCAGAGCGGACCCCCCCCUGCCCCAGGACCAGGUUGAAGAACCCUAUGAUCCAGAGAGGAGUUUCUACUACCCGCUGCAGCUGGACUUCAGUCUGGACCGGGACGUUUGGGAUGAGGAGGGUUUCGACGUAGAAGAUUUGGAUGAGGGUCCCGUCUUCGCCAUGUGCAUGGCCGGGCGGGGAGACCGGGCCACCCUGGGUCAGUGGAUCUCUGACCUCCAGCGGGACAACCCCGUCCUGGGCCGGGUUCCCACUCUGUUCCGUCUGGACCCUGGACCUCAGCACCUGCAGGGGGGGGACGACGAAGAGUCCGACCGCCAUCAUCGGCUCCACGUGGAGACCGAGGAAGACGACCCUCGGCCCGGAGAAGACCAGGCCGUCCUGGACGAAGAGCCCAGGAGGGGCAGAGGGAAGCUCUGACAGAACUUUGAGUUUAACGUCGGGACGGACGGACGGACGGACGAGGUCCGGGGGGGGGGGGGAGGUUUAUCAUUGACCGUAAAUACGGCGUCAAUACGGCGUCACAUGACUGUCAGUGAUGGAAAACAUCGUACUUUAUUUCAAAAUGAAAUACUUUCCUGUCAAACGGUUUGAUGCUCAACAGCGGCUCUGCUUGAGCUUCACGUUUGAUCAGUGAUGUAAAAAUGCAACAAAAAUUCUAUUUAAGUCAAUAAAUCUGAGAGUUUGUAGUCGUUA